CUUCAGAGUUUUCUCUCUGGUGCGCAGGUUAUUUUAAUGCGCCUCUCUCUCUCUCUCUCUCUCUCUUCCAUUGGGAGUACUGCAGUAGUUCUCCAAUGCUCUCUGUCUAGGACAAAUAUAAUCAAUGUCAAAAGAUCGUAUCUUUGUACUCUUUCGGGAGUGUGAAUUCGUUGGGGAGUCGAAAGUCUUCUCUUUCACUCCUUCCAACCUCUCACCCUACCCAGCUGCUUGAAGAAUCUAGGGUUUUGACAGCUCAACGAACGUCUGUUCUUUUCUUUUUUGUCUUUGCGUCAAUUAGGGUUUUUCUUGUUUUUGAGGGUGAGAUGGAGGAGGUUGAAGAAGCUAAUAGAGCAGCAGUAGAGUGUAGCCAUAGAGUUCUUAAGCUUUUAUCUCAGCCCCAAAAAGAUCAGAUUCAGCUUAGGGAUUUAAUGGUAGAAACAGGGGAGGCUGUAUUCAGGUUUAAGAGAGUUGUUUCACUUCUCAACACUGGAUUGGGUCAUGCUAGAGUAAGAAAGUUCAAGAAAACUCAAAACUCUUUCCCCCCAGGCCUCCUCUUAGAGAACCCAACGAGCAAAACAACAGAUCAUCAACCAAAACCUAUUCAGUUUCUACAGCAGAGGACUUCCCUUGAAAACCCAUUUCAAGAAAUGAUGGGUUCAAGUGUUAAAAGCUCUCUUACAUUGGGAACCCCAUGUGUGGAUGGUGAGAAAAACCCUCUGCAAAUUGUUCAGCAAACACCGCAGAACUACCGUAAUUUCCUCCAGCUUCAGAUGCAGCAGAAGCAACAGCACAUGAUCCAGCUUCAGCAGCAGCAAAAGUUGAAGCAACAAGCAGAAAUGAUGUUCCGUCGAAGCAACAACAAUAGCGGCAUUAAUCUGAAUUUCGAUAGCUCUACGUGCACACCUACCAUGUCAUCGACUAGAUCUUUUAUCUCCUCAUUGAGCAUAGAUGGGAGUAGUGUUGCUAAUUUGGAUGGGAAUGGCUUCCAUUUAGUUGGUGCAGCUGGCUCUUCUGACCAGAUUUCUCACCAACAUAAGAGAAGAUGCUCUGCAAGGGGAGAUGAUGGGAGCGUGAAAUGUGGGAGUAGUGGUCGAUGCCACUGUUCAAAGAAAAGGAAACAUAGGGUGAAGAGAUCAAUCAAGGUACCUGCUAUCAGUAACAAGCUUGCGGAUAUUCCUCCCGAUGAGUAUUCGUGGAGGAAGUAUGGGCAGAAGCCAAUUAAGGGCUCUCCACACCCUAGGGGAUACUAUAAGUGUAGCAGCAUGAGGGGUUGCCCCGCAAGGAAACAUGUGGAGAGGUGCUUGGAGGACCCGGCGAUGCUAAUUGUUACUUACGAAGGGGAGCAUAACCACCCCAGGUUACUAUCCCAAUCUGCGACCACAUGAAAUCUACCGGAUACUUUGUCACUAAGAUUGGUUCAGCCCGGUUGUGUUCUGCACUCAAUUUAUGAUUGGCUUGAAUCAUUCGCUCCUGUACAUAUCUUCGGGAUCGACUUUCUGAACCUGAUGGACAUAGGGCAAGCAGAUAUUAGGCCGGAGCCAAACAGAAGAAUUUUUGUCGAAUUGGGGCUUUCUUGUUGUAAGAACAAUCUUCAUCUUGUAUGACAAUCUCUGACAUUUUGCGUUUUUUUCUUCUUCUUUUGCAUGAACUCAUUAGCUUCAUUAUGGAAAUUUUUAGUUUUAACUAAA